AUGAGGAAUCCCAGUGAAAUUGAUAAGAGAAUCAAUUCUCAGGAUAUUUUAAUAAAUCCAAGAGGAUCUAAAGAAACAAAUAUUGAACUCAAAUCAAAUGUACUAAAAUCACUUAAAGCAAAAAUCGAUCAUAUAUCAUCAUGCUAUUUAACUUUAAGAAAGGAGGAUAAAAAGGCAAAUUGACCAAUUAAACUUAAAUUUUAUGAGGAUAAUGAUUCUAAAAUCGAAGAAUUAGAAAACCUCAAAGAAGUCUUAGAUGCUGAGUUUCAAAAUAUAAAUGCUUCUUAUCAAAAUGAUAUAAAUUUCAUACAAUUACUAAAAGCAGACGAAGAAAUUAGCAAUGUUUAUUUAAAGUAUACAGAAACCUACAGCAAAUUUCUAUAA